UUCGCAGUGUGCACAGUGCCCUGGUCGAAUGUUUUUGUUUGUUGUGUUUUUUUUAUUUAUUUCGCGUUUAAAAGUGUUUUAAAGUGAGAUUUAAAGUGCAAUGGAGCUGCCGAAAGAGUUAUCCAUUGCGGAGAUCCGUAAUUACAUGUUGGCAAACGAGUGCAAGGUGACGAAUCACGCGUUGGUGAAGCACUUCAAGAAAUUCCUAACUCACCCACAGUCGCAAAAUGAGGCACGCAAGCGAUUCAAGACCUAUGUCACACUGCUGUCCACCAUCAAGAACGAGAACAAUCAGAAGUUUUUGAUAUUGCGCAAGAAAUACGUAAACGAAUGCCCCACGGAUGAGGUUGUGGAGCGCGCGGUGGCCGCCGCAUCGGGUAUUCCGGAGCCCUCGAGUCCCGGCGGCGCAUCCCUGAACUUUGACUCGCCCAUGCGGCAGCCACCGCCAUAUAAGCCCCCGCCCAUGGUCACCUCUCCGCCAGCCGUUUACAUUGCCAAGGAGCACCAGGAGAAUUACCAGGAGUGCGUGGACGAAUUCACGGCUGCCAUAAAGCGCAUUGAGCCAGCACGCUUGGAGAGGCAACCGUCGGUCAAGUCCGAGGAUCUGGAUCAGCAGGAGAAGCCGGAGAAAACGUCUCGAUCGAAUUCCAUCGAUGUGAUCGACAACAAAGAGAACAUACCACGUUUCUCCUUCUCCUCGGAAGCCUCCUCGGCGUCCAGCACUUCCAUCGAAAAGCCGGAGAUGGCUGAUCCCACUGCUCCCGCCGCCGAGGGCGAUGUGGCCGAGAAUCCUAUCAGCGUAAAGGAGGCCACGCGCAAAUUCAACCGGAUGGCGUCCGAAGAAGAGGCUAAAAUCAUAUCGCCGCCAGCCAAGAAGAAGCCAGAGAAGCAAUUAAUCGAGGAGAAGGAUUCACCGGAGGUUACGCUGGCGCAUCCCAAGGCAAAGGAGUGGAUCGUCUCGAUGGCGAAGGCUAAUUACCAGGAGCUGGCCAAGAUGGCCAGCGAGUAUCCGGAACUGGUUAAGCUGCAGUGCCCAGCAACGGUAAGUUUCUUAUUACCAACAUUUACAUUUACAACACCGUUUUUCACGUUAUAAAACAAAACCAUUGAC